AUGGCCGAAGACCGGCCGCUCCAAACAAAAGCUAAUCAAGGCCUCAACCCAAAUAGAUCUGAUGCUCAGAUUACAAAAGGCCUCAAACCAAAUCCCAGACUUCUUAGUUCGUCUAUGGAAACCUUAGUUCCGUCAACCCCAACAAUACUGUCUGAACCAACAGUCUACAAAGGGGAGCCGUCGUUUAUCCUCUCCAAAGAAGAAGAUGACAGAAUUUCAAACAAUCGGCUUCAAAGGAGGACAUUGAUUCUGAGGUUGAAAGUUUUGGUCUCUGUGGAUGAUUCGAAAAUUGAAGAACAAAGGAAGAAAAAACAUGGACAUCCAAAAGGAUCCAAAAAUGGGGUAAACAAUAAUGGGAACGAAGGUGAAACUCGACGUUCGGUGAAUAAAUUGGAGGAAUUGAAGCAAAGUUUACACUUUGACAAAGCAAUUUCUUCAAUCACAGGAAAAAUUUGGAUCUUUUGGACUAAUGAUUUUGAUGUUACGCUGCUGGGAGAUUCUGAGCAAGCCUUGCAUCUUGAUGUUAAACAUUUGCAAUCAUCGACGCAAUUCCUCAUCAUUGCGGUCUAUGCAAAAUCUACAAGAAAAGGACGAAAUGAGCUAUGGAAAGAGCUUACACAAUUUCGGAAUCAACACUUAGGAGAUCCUUGGAUGAUGGGUAGUGACUUCAAUGUCAUUCAUAAUCUUGAUGAAUACUCUGGAAAUUCUCAGCCAGAUCAAGCCGCUAUUGAAGAUUUCAAUCAAUGGAUAAAUUUUUGUGACUUAACAGAGAUUCAAACAAUUGGAAGUGAUUAUACUUGGGUGGGAAAUCGUCAAAAUGGCUGGGUGUUAAAAAAAUUGGAUAGAAUCUUGUACACAGAGGAAUGGCUUUCACUCUUUCCAAUUUCCACGGUGCAGCAUCUCAAUAGGGCGUCCUCAGAUCACUCCCCUUUGCUUCAUCAAUUUAAUCACACCAUGGAAUCAAGGCCAAGGCUCUUUCGGUUUCAGAAAAUGUGGCUUCGGAGGCAAUCUUUUCUAAGCAUGGUGAAACAGAAUUGGGAUCAACCGGUACAAGGCUACGGUAUGUAUGCUUUUUCGGCAAAAUUGCGGCGGUUAAAGGCUCAUAUGAAGGAAUAG